AAAAAAAAAAAAAGGAAUUGGGAGACCAUUGGCAUCCAAAUGAUGAAAGAACAACUCGACCUUUAUUUCUUUUUUUCUGUUUUUCUUUUUUGAAAAAUAGCAAUUAACAUGUACACUUUUGACAUUACGCCAUCACGACAUAUAUUCUACAACACAGAACUAUGGAAAGCCAAGUUUCAUACGAAUAAUGCUACUCCAUUGUCCGGCAAGUUCACUGAUUUUUCCAUAACCACCUCCGCCACAUGCUUGAGGGUUCUUGGCAGGCGUACCAACCUAGCCACUGCGGUUGUCGUCCACAGGCAACCAUUAACUGCUCAAAGGUUUUUUGUGUCAGACCCGCAGCGUAGCAUUCGCAGUCAUCGUAGGAGCCACUACUGGCGGCAAGAAACUACCGCCAACAACAGGCGGCAUCAAGGGCCCAGACACCUCUUGUGUCGGCUCCGGUUCAGUCACCCACGUCGCAACGAGCGGUCCAGUUGGAUCCGGUCCGCUUGUUUCGAAUAGGUCGGUUGGAAGAGGAAUGGCCGGUGGUUCCACUGGGUUUGGUAUGCCAGGAAUGGGAAUGGGAAGAGGGAGUAUAACCGGGUCGAUUGGAAUCGUCUCGGGGACAUUUUCGUCUGGUGCGAUGGUGGAUGUUGUUGCAGCGGUUUGUGUACUAGUACUGUACAAUGUAGAGUUAACGGUGAUAGAUGUGCUGUUGAGAGAGGAAGUGGUGGAGGAGAGUGUCGAGGAGAGUGUUGGCAAGGUAUUGUUGUCAGAUAUGGGUAUCGCCAACGCUUUCCUCAUCAAACACACUCCAACCACUGUGAAGAGCAAAAAUGAACCUUGCCAGGAAAUCAUUGUGAACAGAGAUGAACGGAUUAGCGAGCGAAGGACAUUUACCUGACAACCUUCUCCAUGGUUUAUAGCCUCCGCCAAGAAAAAAUCCCAACACAAAACAGCCACGAGGGUUAUCAUGAUCCCCUGUUGUUUGUAGUGCCCUGGCGGGGC